AUGGUUAACAUUAUUGGUCCAGACCAGCAGCCAAGUCGCGCGGUCGGCGAGCGUGGUAGUACUCGACCAGGGACGAGCUCAAGUCGCCGACACGUGUGGGGUCCGCGGGUAGGAAGACGGUCACGUCAAGAACAAGAAUUACAAGAGCCCACAAACCUGGGACAUCUGGAGUACUUGGCACACAAUGCUGUGAGAGCCAUGGAAAAACAUUCGCCUCCCUCGCGGUGUAACUUCGAGAAAGCUAUGGACCUUUUAAGACAAAAACACAAUAUGAACUUUCUUAUGCUGUGUCCCAAAUGUCACGGAUCUCAUAUGUAUGAAGAAAUAGUAGCCCCUGAAAGAUGA